AUGGCACUCCACGCCCCACGGCUGGCGCGGCACUUAUACCGCUCGUCGACAUCAAGGACAAUCGCAAAGUCUACCCGAUAUGGCCUGAUCAACCCAUCCCAACGCGAUGCGUGCACCCUCUGCCAAUAUCACACCCAGACUAGCCGAAGCCAAACUUUCGGCCCAGGAACGAAAUCCAUCUACACGCUCUCAAACACACCAACCCGGCGAGCAGCCUCGACAGCAACAUCGACAACACAAACACCCACCGAAACAAAUGAACCUCCCAUCACCGGAGCCCCAGAUAUCACAAACCACUACACGAUCUUCCCAAAGACCCUCCCCGCCGGUCCACCCCCAGGGUCCCCCUUCGAAAUCUCCAUUAGCGACCUACGCCGCGAGUUCCUCCAGCUCCAGGGCACAAUCCACCCAGACAAAUACCCCUCCGGCACUGCAAAACAACACGCCGAGGCUCUAUCAGCCCGAAUCAACGACGCAUACCGCACACUCUCCGACCCGCUCCAGCGUGCGCAAUAUCUCCUCCGCGAAUGGCACGGGAUCGACGUCACGGCGGAAGAUGCCUCGACCAAGCACGCGCUGGAUCCGGCGACGCUGAUGGAGGUUAUGGAGGUGCAGGAGACGAUUGAGGAGGUGGGCGCUUCGCCGGAGGCGGAGGCGGAGAUUGAAGCUUUAAAAGAGGAGAAUGGGAUGCGGAUUGCUGGGUGUGUGGGAACUUUGGCGGGGGCGUUUGAUCGGGGGGAUAUUGAGGGGGCGAGAGUGGAAUGUGUUAAGUUGAGGUUUUGGUAUAGUGUGGCUGAAGGGUUGAGGGAGUGGGAGCCUGGGAGAACGGAGAUUCGGUUGGUGCAUGGAUCUUGA